GUUUAGAACGUUUACGCUAUAAUCUAAAGAGUUACGCUGAGAGCGUAUGCAAAGAAAUCUUAACGUAUUCUAUUAAAAUUCACGUAAACGUGCAAUAUUAUCGAAAUUGUAUUAAUGAAGUUUUAUUCUGA